AUGUCCAAAACGGAAUCAAGCACGUUGAGGCCCGGGGGCGGUCUAUCGACAAGUCAGCGAACAUUGUCUGCCGGAACACUAAAGGAAAGGUUGUCGAAGCUAGCCGCGACACCUCUGAGCGUCCCUAAUCCCGUUGCUGCUCUCCAGGCGAACAUCGAAUUUGUGCCGGCGAAGAUACCCAGGAAGAGGAGGCUUCAGAUGCUUGCCGUCGCUGUAUGGUCGUGCAUGAUUGUGAUUACCACAUGCGCGUGGUUAUUGCUUUGGUCUAUCCCUCCUCUGUGGCCCGUCUUGACCGUGUAUUUUGUAUGGGCGCGUUUCAUUGAUCAGGCUCCGGAAAGAGGUGGACGUAGCUGGCAUUGGUGGAGAUCGUCACGAUUCUGGAGAUACUUUGCGGACUAUUACCCAGCCUCGUACGAAGCCGAGUUGCCUGCAGAUAGGCCGUAUGUGUUUGGCUACCAUCCUCACGGUAUUAUUGGAAUGGGUGCCCUGGCAACUUUCGCCACAGAAGCCACUGGGUUUUCAGCGGCCUUCCCAGGCAUCAAGCCGCAUUUGUUGACUUUAACCACGAAUUUCCAAAUGCCGUUCUAUCGAGACAUCCUUCUUGCUCUAGGGGUUUGCAGCGUGAGCAGGCAAUCAUGCUCAAACAUUCUGAAAGCAGGAGCAGGCUCCGCUAUUACGAUUGUAGUCGGCGGCGCUGCUGAAAGUCUGAGUGCUCAUCCUGGCACUGCGGACCUUACUUUGAGAAGACGGCUAGGCUUCAUCAAGCUUGCCAUUCAGCAUGGAGCUGACCUUGUUCCCGUGUUCUCUUUUGGAGAGAAUGAUAUAUACCAACAAAUGCCCAAUGAGAAGGGAACCACAGUAUACGCGUUACAACGGAAGUUCCAGUCAAUGUUUGGAUUCACUCUUCCUCUCUUCCAUGGAAGAGGCCUCUUGAAUUACAACCUUGGUCUAAUGCCGUACAGGCGGCAAAUCGUCGCAGUUAUUGGAAAACCCAUUCGUAUUCAACAAUGUGAUAAACCAAGUCAGGAAGAAAUCGUGCGCGUGCAAGAAAAGUAUAUCGAAGAAUUACUACGCAUUUGGAAUACCUACAAAGAUACAUUCGCAAAAGCGCGUCUACGAGAACUCAAUAUCAUUGACUGA